AUGGCUCACCAGUUUCCUAAACGCAUUCUUCAAGAAGGAGAUGAGACGCAGAUUGAUAAGAUUAACAACACAUGUAGACGGACGCUUCUGGAGGCGGUAAAGGUUGCUCUGAAUGAUGAGUAUGAGGAAGUUUUGAAAGCCCCUGUCUUCGGUCCGCUUCUGGCGAUCAUAGAGAACAAGCUCAUCUACUCAGGGAAGAUUAUUCACAGCUUCAUGUGCAAGCAGCUCAGGGUUUCCAAGCUUCACGAGCUGUGGUUUCUUUUUGCGAAGAGGCCUCUUAGGUUUUCUAUGCAAGAAUUUUAUGCUGUGACUGGAUUGAAGUACAAAGAGGAACCCGACGUAGACUUCAUUAACUGGAAGAAUGAUAAAGGGUUCUGGAGCAAUGCGCUGAAGACCAAUGCGAAGAUCAACUUAUAUACUAUAAGGGAUGAGCUCCUUAAAAUCUGUAAUGAGUGGACGUAUGUGGACAGAGUGAGGUUAGUGUAUCUGUCUAUUAUACGAUCAUUCCUCAUGGCUAAGGAUUGGAAAGUGUAUAUCCCUCAAGAAUACAUCCGUUUGGUGAUGGAUUUUGAGAAAUUGAGGAUGUAUCCUUGGGGUCUUCGCGCUUAUGAUGAGCUGAUUGCAUCAAUACUCAGAGUAAGGGAAGAUGUGCAUACGAAGAACAGCUACGUGUUGGAUGGAUUCUCAUAUGCGUUUCAGAUAUGGAUUAUGGAGGCAAUUCCAGACAUUGGUUCUAUGGUGGGUAAAAAGAUCAAAACAAACAUGAAGAAAAUGAGAUGUAGGAAUUGGAAAGGUAGUGGAAAAGUAUCCUACCAAGAUCUCACCAGCCUAGAGUCCCACUUCGAUAAGGGAGAGGUGUUGGCAUUUAUAUCAUCUACUGGUGAUUUCGAUGUGAUUGAUAAUACUGAGUUCGUUAGGGAAGAUGAAAAGAAGGACGAAAGAGUUGGUCGUAUUGUUGAAUUGAUCAAUGCCAAACAAGACUGGAAGCAAUUCGAUUGGGAAGUUGAGGCUUUGCCUGCACAUAUGGACCUUUCUGAUUCAGAACAGGAUGAAGAUGUCACAUAA